AUGGCGAUCUCAGAUUUAGAAUCAUCAACAAGCACCGGUUCCCAGGAUAUCGUAAGCUUGAUUGAAGAACCAGCGACUCAAGAACAGUUGCCGUAUUAUAGACUCGACUUCAUUGGUGAAAGAGACGCCUACUCUCCGAAAGUCAUUCAGAUUACAUCCCACGGUCUCGUUCGACGUAUCCACUGCGUAUGGUUCACUGUAGAGUGGAAUGACGGCGUGGAGUCAUGGGAACCGGAAUUUGCACUGCAGGGCUAUCAACCAGAGCUGGUAUAUGCAUACUGGCAUGCAAAGAAGGGGGGACGUGAUGAGGCCACUCGAUUCGAUAAGUUCCAUGUGUUUGCGAUUCUUGACCAUGGUAGCAUGUGGGAUCAUAGCAGUCGACGGGCUAAGGCGUUUUGUUAUAAGAUCCAGUGGGUUGGAUAUGACGAGAAGGAUCACAGCUGGGAGCCGGCGUUCAAGAUUGCUGGUAUUGUUCCACGGAUGAAGGAAGAGUAUGACGAGAUACAUGGGCUGUGA